AAGAAAAAGCUUAUGCAGUCGGCGAUCAAUUUGAACAUUGGCGGUUUGCUCCAGAAUACGGGACUGCUCAGAAAUAGUCGAAAUGGAAUCAAUAGGAAACCGUUGGAUAUUGAAGCAACAGCAGCAUCACUUUCAAGAGUAUAUCAUCAAGUUUGGAGACAAUUCAGUUCUGAUACUUCUUCACCUGUUACAAUCAAUCAAAUGAAUAAUAUUCUCAGAGAUAGUACGCUUUCAAGGCGGAUCGCUAGAAAAUCUGAAAUUUCGCUGAAUUAUGAUGAUGCUGUCGUUCGGAUAAUUCCGGCGAGCUCUUCGUUUUAUAUCCAACGCCGCGGAUUUCGUACUCGAAAACAGACAUUCGGAGUCGGAAAUGCCGGAAAACCGACACAAGAUGAAGUGAAAUCUCCGUUAACCUAUUUCUCAGAGCUUCUCGCUGGAAAAAAGCAAAAAACGUCAGAAGGAGGAGUUGAAAAAUGGAAUCAAUAUGAGUCGGAUCUCAAGAAAUUACCAGAAAAUCAACAGAGAACAUAUACUGAUGGAUUUGUUAAGGGAUUAUUGUCAAAUGGUGUUUCGGGAGCUGGAAAAGAUGGGAAAAAAUCGAAUACGCUCACGCGGUUCUACAUUUUUCUUGUUUUUUGCAUCUUUUUCGGAUAUUUGACUGGAAGAAUUCGUGUGCGUGUAGGCGAUCGACAAAUUGGUUCAUUGUUCUUCUCGAAUCCACAAGAAGUCAAUCCAGAGGAUGUUCAAGUUACUUUCGAUGAUGUUAGAGGAAUGGACGAAGCGAAAUUGGAAGUGGAGGAGAUCGUGGAUUACCUGAAAGAUCCAGAAAAAUACUCAAGACUUGGUGGUCGAUUACCGAAAGGUGUCCUACUCGUCGGACCCCCCGGAACCGGAAAAACGUUGCUCGCGAGAGCAAUAGCCGGUGAAGCACAGGUUCCAUUCUUCCAUACUGCUGGAUCAGAAUUUGAUGAAGUACUUGUUGGACAGGGAGCCCGUCGUGUUAGGGAUCUUUUCGAUAAGGCUAAGGCUCGUGCUCCAUGCAUCAUUUUCAUCGACGAAAUCGAUUCAGUUGGCUCAAAACGUGUUUCGAAUUCCAUCCAUCCAUAUGCAAAUCAAACGAUUAAUCAACUUCUCAGUGAAAUGGAUGGCUUCACCCGUAACGAGGGAAUCAUUGUAAUUGCCGCAACAAAUCGUGUCGACGACCUCGACAAGGCCCUUCUCCGACCCGGACGCUUCGAUGUUCGUGUCACAGUUCCAAAACCUGAUCUCGCUGGGCGUGUGGACAUUUUCAACUUUUAUCUCUCAAAAAUCGUGCAUUCCGGUGGAAUUGAUCCUAAAGUUCUGGCGAAGGGAUCGACAGGAUUCACUGGAGCCGACAUUGAGAAUAUGGUGAAUCAGGCGGCAUUGAAAGCGGCGACUGAUAAUGCUGUGGAGGUUACGAUGGCCUAUUUAGAUGAAGCAAGGGAUCGAGUACUGAUGGGACCGGCACGUACUGGAGGAAGGAUUCCUGAUGAAGAAGCAAAUAGAAAUACAGCUUAUCAUGAAGCAGGUCAUACUCUGGUGUCUUUGUACACAAAAGAUGCUACACCUCUGCAUAAAGUAACUAUUAUUCCACGUGGACAAUCUCUCGGACACACUGCAAUGCUUCCUGAAAAGGAUAGUUAUCAGUUGACUAAAGCACAAAUGCUUGCUACGUUGGAUGUGAUGAUGGGCGGUCGGGUGGCUGAAGAGCUCAUCUUUGGAGAUGAUAAGGUCACCACUGGUGCUGCGGAUGAUUUGAGUAAGGCCACUCAGUUGGCGGUGCAGAUGGUUAAGGUUUUUGGAAUGAGUGAUAAGGUCGGACUCCGUGAUUUCACUGCCCAAGACAAUGAAAGUGCACUGGUAAAAGUGUCGGAUUUGGCACCACAAACAGCCGAACUAAUUGAUGCAGAGAUUAAUCGUGUACUACAGGAGAGCUAUAAAAGGGCUAAAGUCAUUUUGGAAACCAAGAAGAAAGAGCAUCAACUGCUCGCGGAAGCUCUUCUCGAAUACGAAACUCUCUCAGCUGACGAGGUGAAACGUGUUAUCAGUGGACAGAAAAUCAAGCGACCAACACCGGCGGCAGUGAAGAAAAGUAAUGAAACAAAACGAAAUCAACCGUCGCUUGUUCUUCAUUUAUUCGAGGAAGAAGGCCGUGGAAAGCAAUAAUUUCUUCUUUUUUUUUCUUUAAAUAUUCUAAGUUCUGUACUUUUUCCUCCUUUUUCUGAUUUUAUUUCAGUUUAAGUUCGCUCGAAAAUCUUAGAAAAUCGAAGUUUUCGUGUAAAUUGAGUGAUUUUUUUCCUAUUUUUCUUCCAUCUUCUCGUCUACAGGUAUUCAUUCACCUAUUUAGCAUUCUUCUCUUUCCCCAAUUUUUUCCCGUUUUUUCUCCGGUUUUCUCGAUUUUGUACCAAUUUUCCUUGUAGGUUCUCAACUCUCUUCUCAUAGUCCCCUGAGAAUUUUGUGUCUCGAUCGCUGUGAGACCACAAAAUUUCCGGUUUCAUCCUCUCUUUCUCCUCUGUGGUUGUAGCUUUCUAGAUGUACGGAUCUGUUGAAUAUAAAUGUGUUUUUG